AUGAAGCUCUACUUCGAGGCCGAACAGUUCCUCAAGCCCAACGGCAGGACAAACGGAAGCUUGCAGUCCCGCAUCUUCAAUGACAAGAAGCUCACCAAUUCGCCCAAGCACGUGUUUGCCGUGGUGUACUCCACCCUCAAGUACAAGGACUACAUUGUAGAGGUGAUACGGAAGUCAAAGAUCAAGCUGCAAAUGGUCAAGCCCAAGGUCAGCGAGGAGUUGUUGAUGCUCCUCGUGCACGACUUGUUGUUUUCGCCCAAGGGCCGUAUCCAGCUGGGCAAGCAUCCUAUCAAGGACGCCUUUCUCAAGCACCGCACCCGGCUCCAGGCCGAGUUCACCAAGCUCAAGUUGCGCUACAAAGUCAAGGCAGCUUCUGAGUUGCCCACCGAGGAGGCUGACGGCGACGAGACCCCUGUCAGGUGGUUCCGGAUCAACACCAUCAGGUGCGACAAUGCUGCGGUGGCCAGCCAGCCCUGGUUCGGUGCGCUCCAACGGGUGUCCAGCAUAGACGAGAUCUGCCAGCCAGGAGUGAUAUACCACGACGAGUACAUCCCCCAUUUGUACGGAGUGCACCCGCGCGAAAAGAUAACGUCCACCCAGGCGUAUCUCGACGGACAGAUCAUCAUCCAGGAUCGGGCCUCGUGCUUCCCGGCUCAUAUCUUGAACUACACGCCUCACCAACACAUCAUCGACGCCUGUGCCGCUCCCGGCAACAAAACCACCCACAAUGCCUCGUACGUAGCCGCCAACGGCGUGGUGUAUGCGUUCGAGCGCGACCCCAAACGAGUCAAGGUGCUCAAGCUCAUGUGCGACAAGGCCACUGGCCCCCAGCGCAAGUUGAUCCAAAUCACGAAUGCCGAUUUCACUUCUACAAACCCUUCGGACUUUGAUCUGGUCACUGGACUAACCGUCGAUCCUUCCUGCAGUGGGUCAGGCAUUUUUGGUCGUGCCCUUGAGGAACAGGACAAAGAAGAAAUCGAUACCGAACGGUUGGCCAAGUUGGCGGGGUUCCAGUUCAAGAUAGUCAAGCAUGCGUUGCUGUUUCCUGGCGCCAACCGUGUGGUGUACUCCACUUGUUCCAUCCACCCGCACGAAAACGAGCGGGUGGUGGUGGACCUACUCAGCGAUCUGCAAGUGCAGGCCCAGGGCUGGAAAUUGGAUUUGCGCAACCGGGUGCUCCCCAAGUGGCCCCGCAGAGGCUGGAAAGAGGAAUUCUCCGCGGUGGCCGGCGGCGAUGAGGCCAAGAUGGAGGAGUUGGCGGGAGGUUGCGUCAGGGCCGUGCCCAAAGAGGAUGGAGGUAUCGGGUUUUUUGCGGCCUGCUUCACCAGAGAGCCCCGCUCCACCGCUUAG